CACCCCUUCGCUGUGUGUACCCUGCAAAGCAUCAGCGUUAAAAAUAUCGACAAACAUUUGAACUACCCAGUCCGGUUUGACAAGCUUCCCCACCGUGUCAAAUCAAACGACGGCGAUCGUCCCAUCUGAUCGCGUCAUCACACCUACUGAUCAGUACCGCGCAAACUCCCGUAGCGAUGGGACCCACCAUGGUAGCGCUUUCGCUACUUCUUCAAGCCGUAUUUCUACUGACCUCGGCAUCUACGGCCGAGACCCGUGACGUCAACACUUCGGCAGCUACAUGUGGCCUACCAUCCGCCGAUCACCGCCGUCCGCUGAUCGUCAAAGGAGAGCCGGCGUCAUCGGUCGGCGAGUGGCCCUGGCAUGCCUCGAUCUGGCACCGCAUAACCCACGGAACGUACGUCUACGUCUGCGGUGGGACGCUGCUGAGCGAGCUGUACGUCCUGACGGCCGGGCAUUGCGUGUCCAAGGAAGGCAAUGCGCUGAACGAACGCUUGAUCACCGUGCAGGUCGGAUCGGUGCGGCAGAACUUGCUGUUGAAUGGAUUUCCGGUGCAGAACUUGGGCGUAGCGGAGAAUAUUUUGCACGAGGAGUUUGCAUUGCGGAGUUUCCAAGCAGACGUGGCGAUGCUGGUGCUGGAGACCAAGGUGGCGUUCAACGAGUUUGUGCGACCGGCUUGUCUGCCAGACGCGGGAGGUACGAGUGACGGGAAGGAACUGUACGGGAGGCAGGCCGUGGCGGUGGGGUUCGGGAAGACCGAGCAGGCGGAGACGUCGUACGUGUUGAGGAAGAUACGGCUACCGAUCGUGGAUUACGUGACGUGUUUGGAGAGCAACAGGAAGGUGUUUGGGAGUACUCUGUCGGCGGGGGUUUUGUGCGCAGGACACAGGAACGGGAGCACGAUCUGCAAUGGGGACAGUGGGGGAGGGUUGCUCACGGAGGAUGACGGAGGAAGGUGGGUAUUGCGAGGGGUGAUUAGCUUUUCGGCACAGCGAGGGUGGAACGAUACGAGCUGCAGCUUGACGGACUAUUCGGCGUUUGUGAAUGUGGCGUACUAUGGAAGAUGGAUAAGGUAUGUGAUGGAGCAUGGGGAUCAGCGAGGGUUCUUCAACAGGACGAGUAAAGGGAGUGAGAGUGGAGGAGAGAUCGAGCGGAUGAAGGUUGUGAAGCCGCUGCGGAUUAGUGAGAAGAAGUGCAAGGAAUACCGGAGAAGGGGACUGACUAGAGUGCGACCAGCUGCAACAACUCAUACUACGUACUUCAAAAAUACUACCGUUACGAGAUCGGACACCUACACCAAAUCUGAGUAUGUGCUGCUGAACGCAAAUGAAACAGAUGUUGGGCUUGUAUACUACUUGGAUGAUCGCUACGCUAUAACGACAGUUGAAGUUGCUAAUGACUGUACCCUGGAGUACGUCGUCUGCCGAACGAAUCAUGGAGCAGUAGUUCGACAGGUCAUGGUGCACCCUGAAUACCACGAAGGGACGCGGGACUUCAACGUGGCAAUAGUAGAGACAGAUCAAACAGAUGAAUUCUUCUGGUGUAUUGCUGCAGUACCGUCCAGCAUUUUACGCCUGGAAAGCAAGAAAUUGUCACUAAGCUCGAUCGCCAAUGAAUCGUUCAGUUGGGUCGAGUUCGACAUAGAUUACUACCUGCGUACGAAGCGAGGAAUUGCGGUUCAGAACGACCGCCAAGAUGAGAUUGCCGGACUGCUACAGAACUCGCCCGGUGAACCAGUGGUGAUGAGCAACCUGACGGCCGUACUCAACUGGGUGGAAUCCGUGAUGUGGAACGUGACGUAUGUAAAAGAGACCGUUGGUGAAGUGAAAACAGAAGCUGCUGAACCGGCACCACAGCUCCGAAGCAGUGAAGCAGCUUGCAAGCGUUAUCGAAGGGCGGGCUUGACGAGCGUUAACCCUGCAAAUCCUAACCAUAUUGAGGUGUUCAAAAAUGCCACGCUCAACAAAUCCUUCGGCCGUACCAAAUCCAAUGCCGUUGAACUGCUCCAAAACGGGACAUCACUUGGUCUGAUCUACUACCUGGCCGAAGAGUACGCCAUCACCAUUGGAAGCAUAGCGUCCAACUGUACGCCGGGAGUCUGUGCCACGGAACACGACCAGCAAGUCCUGCAGAAGUUCGUCCAUCCAAGGUACGCUGGAGGACGAGACUUCAACGUCGCAGUGCUCCGGACGACCCUUGCAGAUGAAUUCUUCGUGUGUCUGGCAGUUGAACCGCCCAUCCUGUUUUACAACAGUGGCCGACGGCUUCCGCUGCGUGAGAUCCUCGGCGAGCAGCCAACCUGGACGGAGUUCGACUCCGAAGUGUACCUUCGUCUGGCCCGAGGUGCCGCCCUCUACAGCGACCGAAGGGACGAGAUCGCAGGCCUUCUACAGAACGGUCCCGGCCAGGAGCUCGUGAUGACCAACGUUACGGCCCUGGUGGAUUGGAUCGAACCCAUCGUGUGGGAUGCGGCGGCCUCGUCCAUCGAGCCACGUUGAUUCCCACCACAAGACGUUGUGGACGCGAGAAAGCAAUGCCGGACGGAAGUUCCCAUCAAGGGUGAUAAAUCUACAAUUGCGUGCACUUGACGGCGAACAAAACGAACUGCAGACAGGUCUAUAAUAUACAUAUUAUGCAGCUUUGCUUCUA